AUUUAUUUUUCUAAAUAACAAAACUUAUAUAUCAUGCACUACUUAUAAGCAUACUUAGGUGCCUGCAGUGCCCAGUGCAAAAACGUUUUGGUUCUUCAAUCAUGUGUUCUGGAUUAUUUUGGAUUGGUUUCUUCGAGUCACGUGGUAAAUGAGUUAGUAUAAAAAAGCUGGGUUAACACAUGGUUGACGCAUUAUUCUCGACAAAUAUUAAAAAGAAGCAAACGUAGAAAAUAUGCUACGGACGCCGCUUAAAAACAGCAAACUCGUGAAUAAGCCAUUUAAAUCGCCUUUUGAAUCACCAGCACAGAAGAAAGAUCACAACAAAAGUCAUAAUAAGUCUGCACAAAAAGACUGUGAAGUAGCGGAUUCACCUUUGUCUACAAGGAAUUCUGAAGCUAAGCGAGUAUUAUUGUUGGAUGAUAAUAAAAGGAUAAAGAGAAAAAAAUUAUUGACGGACGAUGAAAAAGAUGAAUCAGAAACCUCUAAAUGUUCAACCUUGGAUGAGGGUAGAGAGGCGAAGAAACAAAAAUUGUCAGAUGAUGAUAAUCAAGUAACUGUACCUGAAAAUGUAACAAAAACUGACCUGCACUUAUUGAAGAGAAAAAUUUUUGAGAUACGUCAAGAACUAGAUUGUUUAAAAUCUAGAGAACGAUGCAGUAAAAAGCACGACCCCAAAGUUUUAAAAGUUUCUAUAGACAGAUGGAGAACUGCUUGUCAAAAUGCCCUGGAAAUAGUUUGUUCCGAACUGAGGGAACGAAAUGGGCAAAGUUCUACGAUAUCUGAUGUCUUGAAGAUGUUGGGAAUACCAGAAAGUAUUGUUCACUAUUCAGAAAAAGAUGAUGGAUUCAUCUAAAUGCUAAGAUUUGGAUUUUUCUAUGUUAUGCUAAGACUGGAAGUAUAUUUUUCUAUUGUUACCAUACUGUUUCUGAACAGGUACUAUCAUAUUUUCUAUGCAAUUUUUGAUAAUUAAUUAAUAUAUGUAUAAGGAAAGAAACGUGGCUGUAAAUAAAUAAAUAUAAAUUGAGCUUUUAAAAA